UUCGGAACUAUACAGCAGCAACCACUGUUUGUAAUCAGACACCAAUGGGGAACGGACCCAUUCGGAAGGUAUGGCGCAUGCGCAGAACGCAGUGUGGCAGUGGCCGCGGUUGUAAGAAGAUAUUGUUUUAUUUAAACGUAAAUUCAUUGUAAAUUUUGCACAGAGAAACCACGCAGCGGUGCAAUGGCAGGGGAAGAAGAGGAGCGCAAGAAAAAGGGUUUCAAGCUGCUGGGGAUCCUGGAUGUCCAGAACACUCCGUGUGCUAGAGAGGCCCUCCUGCAUGGAGCUGGAGGCUCAGCCGUUGCUGGCCUGCUCCACUUUCUGGUCACCAGUCGAGUAAAAAGGUCUUUCGACGUGGGAUUUGCAGGCUUCAUGCUCACCACACUUGGGUCCUGGUUUUAUUGCAGGUUGAAAAAUGCUAAGCUACGGGUGCAGCAGAGGAUGGUCCAGGAGGGUAUCAAAAACAAGAUCUUGUAUGAAGGAACUCCUUUAGACCCCACAAACAAACCCAGACCAUCAGGCCCAUCAUGAUCCCCAGUGCGAGAAUCCCUCCCCCUCCUCUGUAAGGGCUGGGAGGAGAAGACGUUCAUGUUCAACUCGCAUCUCAGCUGACUUUGACUGGAUAAAUGAGGAAAAACAACAUUUAACGACUGCUUUUUGUUGUUGUUUCAUUUUGGGCCCCCAAAUUCUCAAGCUGGUUUGUAGUCUGCAAAUUGUCUGGUCUGUCAGUCAAGCGGUGUGUCACAUUAAGUCUUUCAUCCUCACCAAACCCAGAGCUGUGAACUUGAACUUCCAGUCCCUGACACAUGCAUUUUUCCAUUCAUGUUUCUGAAAGCUGAACAGCAGCAGGAGUUUUCUGUGAGUAACUGCUGAGUCAGAGCUUGAGGUAAAUUUAAAGGCUGAUUGUUUUAUCAGUUGUAAUUUAAAAGUCAAAUGUGUGGAAUUAAAUAGUGCACAGAUGUAACGAUGUGUCACCAGUGUUGCUGUUUCACCCUCUGAACAGUUAAUCAUCAGAUUUCUUCAGCCAAUUAAUGUCUGUAAUUAGCUAUUUUUUAAAAUCAGUUAUAAACUGUAGUGUGUUCUGUGUUUAUUGUUCUAUCUGGUGCUGAACAGACUUAAAGAAAUCUAAGAAACUGAAAAACAAUCAUGUUUCACUUUAAGCAGAUGAAAAAGAUCAAAAUGUAAGUCCUUAGUGUCAGUUUGGCCUAAACUGACACUAAAGGGCGUGUGUGUGUGUG